GAGUUCCUUCCCUUGUUGUAACACAAAUAAACAAUAUUUUUAACCUCUUACUUCGGCAACAAGCAUAAUUUAUAUUCAAUGAUUGUCAUCAAUCAAACAACUCUCCAUUUGAUAUCACUGAUAAAGAGGAAGAUCAACACGUAGUUGAGUUUUUCUUGUACAGUGAGAACCAGUGAAGAUCUAGCACCAUGUUUGACUUGCCUGCUCAUCUAGGGACCAUGUCGGGCCUGAGCCUGUUAUGGACGUCCCUGUCGGGAGCAUAUGUGUUGAAGGGAGUGUACCAAGCAGUUGCAGGCUCAAGCACCAGCCGGGACUUUGAUGGAGAGAAAGGAGUGUUGAGAUUUAACAAGAGGCCGAUACGUCGAUUGUUCCUUGGGCUUGGUAUGAACGGUGCUAUUUGUAUUGCUGUUUACAACUCUUACUGGUUUGGUAUCACAAACUUUGGAUGGCUUCAGCGGUUUGUGGACAGAGUUUCCAAUCCAGGUCUUGUUACUGCAGAUGAGCUGUCAGUAGUUGUGGGAAGCAGUCUCCUGUUUACACACACAAUGUUUAGAUGGUAUCAGAGCGUCUACAUCAAUGUAUUUAGCACAACAACAACUCUCGGAUUUCUUGACUGGUUGGCACCUCAUGUUUACUCUCUGUGUGCUGGUCUCACUAUCCUGUCAGAGGCUCCACCUUUGGAUGGCACUGGAAGGGGUUGGUUUCACUGGUCAGAUUUCAGCUGGCAUCAUUUGCUCGGUGUAGCUUUAUUUGCUGUCAUAUCACACUAUGAUGGUAAAUUACAGUACCAGCUGGCUAAAUUCAGGAAAAAUCGGGCAGGUCAUGUUGUGAGCGAGGACCAUAAACUGCCAAAAGGUGGAAUGUUUGAAUAUGUCUCUUGUCCACAACUUCUCAAUGAAAUUCUCAUCCAUGGAGCCAUAGGAGUAGCUCUUGGAUUUAAGCAUCAGUCAUGGUGGUUGUGUACCGGCUUUGUCACUAUCAGUCACAUCGUUCGAGCCCUAGGACGUCAGCAGUGGUACCGGAAAAAGUUUGAAAGUUUUCCAACAGGCAGAAAGGCCAUUAUUCCAUUCUUGGUGUAAAAAAUGACUGUGGCUGGUCAGUUGACAUCAUCGUCAUGACAAAAAUCAUGUUGCCCCUCAUACAGGCAAUUAUUUUGAAAUAAAUGUUUUCUUUUUUGUACAAAUUGUAAAUUCUUGCAGACAGACAAGAAGUGUGAGAGUACAUAUGCAGAUUUUUGUGUUUUAGCAAAAACUUAAGAAAUCUAAUGCCACAAAUUGUAGGAAGCAUUUACUUUGAGCAUACAGGACUACUGAUAAGCACUACCUGAGGCAGCGAAAACAAAUUAAAACCAAAGUUUUCCUCCAAAAUGAUGAUACAGAAACUGUGUUAAUUCAAGGCCUUAUAAACAUGAAUAGAACUCUGUGUUUGGUAACAGAAAAAUAUGUACCCAGUUUUCUUCCCCAGUCCAUUACAGAGAGCAUGUUUGACAAAACAGUUCAUGAUAAAAAUAGCUUUUUGCUGUUAUUACUGUUAAACAUAUUUUACAGUACUUCAUAGAUUUAUAUUUGUUAUUACAAAAUAUCAGUUGUAAGAGACUCAUUUUUAGCUCAUCUGAUUUUUUGAAAAAAAAUGGUGAGUUAUUGUCAUCACUUGAGCGGUUGUUGGCGUCGGCGUCGGCGUCGGCGUUGCCUGGUUAAGUUUUAUGUUUAGGUCACCUUUUCUCCUAAACUAUCAAAGCUAUUGCUUUGAAACUUGGAAUACUUGUUCACCAUCAUAAGCUGACCCUGUAUAGCAAGAAACAUAACUCCAUCUUGCUUUUUGCAAGAUUUAUUGCCCCUUUUGUACUUAGAAAAUAUCAGAUUUCUUGGUUAAGUUUUAUGUUUAGGUCAACUUUUCUCCUAAACUAUCAAAGCUAUUGCUUUGAAACUUGGAAUACUUGUUCACCAUCAUAAGCAGACCCUGUACAUCAAGAAACAUAACUCCAUCUUGCUUUUUGCAAGAUUUAUUGCCCCUUUUGGACUUAGAAAAUCAGUUUUCUUGGUUAAGUUUUAUGUGUAGGUCAGCUUUUAUCCUAAACUAUCAAAGCUAUUGCUUUAAAACUUGCAACACUUGUUCACCAUCAUAAGUUGACCCUGUACAGCAAGAAACAUAACUCCAUCCUGCUUUUUGCAAGAUUUAUGGCCCCUUUUGGACUUAGAAAAUAUCAGAUUUCUUGGUUAAGUUUUAUGUUUAGGUCAACUUUUUCUCUUAAACUAUCAAAGCUAUUGCUUUGAAACUUGCAACACUUGUUGACCAUCAUAAGCUGACCCUGUACAGCAAGCAACAUAACUCCAUCCUGCUUUUUGCAAUAAUUAUUGCCCUUUUUGGACUUAGAAAAUAAUUUUCUUGGUUGAGUAUUAUGUUUAAGUCAACUUUUCUCAUAAACUAUCAAAGCUAUUGCUUUAAAACUUGCAACAGUUUUUCACCAUCAUAAGUGGACACUGAACAUCAAGAAACAUAACUCUAACCUGCUUUUUGCAAGAAUGAUGGCCCUUUUUAGACUUAGAAAAUCAUGGGUAGGACAAUAUUUCUAUUACUCAAAAAAAAUCAGAUGAGCGUCAGCACCCGCAAGGCGGUGCUCUUGUUUUAUUCUCUUUAAGAUAAUUUUAACUAUCUAAACCCAAAGGGUAAAUCAUUGUUAAAUUUUUUGCAUGUUUUUCACGAUACAAAACCCGUAAAUGCUUUGCUUACCAUCUAAAUAUUUCUCUCGAAUUUCUAAUGAAAGUAGUCCUUCCCAACUGGUAAAAGUUACAAGCUGAAACCUUCCCAUAUGUUCGCGAGUUCAGAACGUUGCUAAAUGGUAUGCAAAAUUCAUAUGACAUUGAACACCCACUUACUAUAUAUGUUACUUGUUGACACUGCAAGAUUAAAUAAGACUUCAAUAUAUCUUUACUUUCUAUCUUACUUAACUCAGUGGUGGCAGAGCUCUUUUCAUAAUAAAUCACAAUGUUUUGGCGAUAUGUUUUAGAUUAUCAGGAGAUUUUUCUAAACUUCUAAAUGCUAGUAUGAUUUAACACAUAUUUGUGCCUUUAACUCUUUUGUUACCAGUGGCAUAGGUACUUGAAAAAGUAAUUAUUUUUUCUCUUAAACAUUGGUAUGUGGUAAAAUUUGUAUAUGUUUGAAUGUUUGUGAUAUGGUUGUGAAUACAAAUGUAUUAUUAUUAUAAUGUUACAUUUACCGAAUUUUUGUGUUUUUAUAUGAUGGUUAUAUUAGUCAGAGGUAUAUGAUUCUGUUUAUUAUUGAAAUGCAUAAUUUUUCCAUAUUUUGAAAGUAUUUGCAAUCAAAUUGGAAUAUUUGAAUGGCAUUUAAUAUAGCUGAAUUUUGGUUAAAAAUAUUGACUUGGGGAUACAUCUUUAAAUUUGUAAAUAAAGCAAGUAUCAUUGAAAAAAAAAUGGCCUGGGCUUGGCUCCAUUAUCUGUACAUAAGAAAACUUCUGUAGACUGGCUGUGUUAUCUGUACUAUUAGAAAACUGCAAAAGAUCAUUUACAUUUAUGUAAAAACUCAUUGUUAGACUUUGUUAAGUUACAGCGGACCCUUAAAUGUUAAUAUUUUUUCCAAAUUCAUGUGUAAUAGUUUUACCUCGAGACAUGACGGCAUUUGAAUGUUCGUUUUCAUUGAAAAAUUCAUGAAUACUGAUAUUUCCAAUUUUACUUGUUCUAAAGACAGAAUAUAUAUCAAUCAUAUACAUGAAAAAAUAAUUUAUUAUGUUAUGAAAAAGGUUAAUAUCUAUGCAACAAGAAAUAUGUACUUGUUCUUCCCAGGAUUAAUUUUGUAUUGAUAUGUCAUGCAGUAUUUCUACUACAGAUCUGUUGCAUAUCUCUAGAUACAAAGGUAAAUGCCAGUAAUUAUACGAAUACGGAUUUUAUUAAGCAUAAAGCAUAUUUCAGUGUUUAUAGCCAAUUACGCUUGGCAGUGAUGUCUAACAUACAUAUCAUUUUGUGCCUUCUUAUAUAUUUAUGUAUUAUACAGUUGUCAAGACUUAGAUUUUUCAGUCUUUGUAAUAUACGUCAUAGAGAGAUAUAUGUUACAUUGUCGAUACCAUUUAACCCUUACCCUGCUAAAUUUCUAGAAUGGACCAGUCCAUCAGUCAAUUUGGGCAGCAUCACUUAUUAUUCAAAGGGGUGUUCACUGAAAAUUUACUGACAGCAUAGCGAACAGUGCAGACCGAGGCUAAAGGUUAAAUUUGUAUACUGUAAAAGUUAUUUUUUGAAAUUGUUUAGAUUGAUCAGAUUUAAUUUAUUUGUUAAAUGUGAAAUUUGUACUGGUAACUUGAAAAUUAAAUCUGAAAUGCGCAGAGAUAUUUUGUGAAAAUACUGAUAAGAUCUUGUAAAGUUUUUUUUUUAACUUUUUUGAUUCACAAGGGAUGAAACUAGCUAAUAAUAGCCAAAAUACAGAUCUUACAAAUAACAAGUGUUUUACAGUAUUGUAGGAGUUAAUUCCUGAGUUUUAAUUCACAUGAUAAAGCCCAUAAUGUUACAAAAUGAUUCAGGCAAUUGCCUUAUUUGAAUGUCAGAUAAUAAAAGUUUUACUUUGACCUGGAAAUCUAAUAAAUAAAUAAUGUCAGAGA